CGUGUGGGAAAAUGAUGGUGAUGUUGCGCCUGCAGCAGCGGUUGACGCGGCAGUGCGUGCGAUUUAAGAAAACAAAGGCUGGACGCGGCGAUGUGCCAGGAAACAAAGGCCAGGCGCUGCAAAUGGCGAUCCGCCAGAUUGAGAGCAACUUUGGCAAAGGGUCGCUCAUGCAACUGGGCUCGGCUGGGAUUGCGCAGGACAUCGAGGUCAUCUCAACAGGGUCCCUUUCUCUUGAUAUUGCCCUUGGGGUUGGCGGGUUGCCCAAGGGGCGAGUAGUCGAAAUUUACGGCCCAGAGAGCUCCGGCAAGACUACGCUGGCCUUGCACUGCAUUGCUGAAGCCCAGAAACAAGGAGGCACAUGUGCUUUUGUCGACGCCGAGCACGCUAUCGACGGCCACUACGCGAAAGCCCUGGGGGUCAACAUCGACGAGCUGUACGUGUCGCAACCAGACUCAGGCGAGCAGGCUCUUGAGAUCGCCGACACACUGAUCCGAUCGGGGGCAGUGGAUGUGGUUGUGGUCGACUCUGUCGCGGCGCUCGUGCCGCGCGCUGAGCUCGAGGGCGAGAUGGGGGAUCAGCAGAUUGCGCUGCAGGCGCGCCUGAUGAGCCAAGCUCUGCGCAAGUUAACCGGGUCAUUGUCCAAGUCGAACUGCAUGCUGAUAUUUCUCAACCAAAUCCGUCAAAAGGUUGGGGUUCUGUUUGGGUCGCCCGAAGUUACGUCAGGGGGAACCGCGCUGCGGUACUACGCGUCUGUGCGACUGGACAUUCGUCGAAAAACACAGAUUAAAGAAGGCGACAACGUCGUCGGCAACGAGACAGUGGUCAAGGUGGCCAAGAACAAGCUCGCGCCGCCAUUUAAAGUUGCAACGUUCGACAUGCUGUAUGGCAGAGGCAUCGAUCGAUUGUCCGAAGUGUUGGACUUGGGCACAGACAUCGGAGCCCUCAAGCGGUCGGGGUCGUGGUAUGCCUACAAAGAUGAGCCGAUCGGACAAGGCCGGGCCAAGGCCAAGCAGUUUCUCAUGGACCAUCCCGACGUUGCGGCCGGCAUUGAAGCUGAGAUCCGCCAGACGCUGUUAGCCCGACGAGAUGAUGUAGCCGACGAUGGCGAUGUCGUCGAUGCAGAAGAAGACAGAACGGACCAAGUGGCCUUAGACGAAGAACAGAUUGAUCCCAAGGACGGUCUUCUAGACGAUCGACCGAUGGAUGCGACCUUGGAUGGCACACUGGAGAAAGCGUAGCGACGGCAGUUGGCUUGUAUGGAUCAAAGCACACUUCAUCAUGAUCUCGGUGUAUUCGCAGUAGUUCUUUAUGGGUUGAUGGCUUAGUUCUGUUCGUCCUGGAUACC